AUGGCCACCCCCAGUGUUCUCGCUUUUGACGGUGAGGGUCGGGCCAUUGACUUUGAGGUCUGGGUAGAUGACCUGCAGCUUUUCCUACAGUGCGAUAGGGCAGACGGUCUCUCCUUCUUUGACCUCACCUCUGGUGCCUCCCCUGCCCCUGCUGCCGAUGCCGACGCCACUGUUCGCUCCCAGUGGGCCACUCGCGAUGCUGCUGCACGUCUUGCUGUGCGUCGCCACCUGCCUACCACUGAGCGCGCACACUUUAGUCAGUACAAGAGUGCUCAGACCUUGUACGACGCCGUAGUUGCGCGCUACUCUUCCCCUGCCACUGCUGCACUGAGCCGCCUCAUGCUGCCGUACCUCUUCCCUGAUCUUGCUGCCUUUCCCACAGUCGCUGACCUCAUUACGCACCUCUGCACUAGUGACACUCGCUACCGUGCUGCGCUUCCUGCUGAGGACCACUUCCUCUCGGUCUGUCCCACCACUCUCACUGUUGUCCUCCUAGAGAAGGCCCUCCUAGCAGUGGAGAAGAGCAUAGUCGCUGUAGGAGCCUCUCGUGGUGACCCUCGCACCCCCAUCUUUGAGGGGUGUUCCCCUCCCCCCCUUUUGCCCUCUAUCGCCUCUGCUGCUGCGGCCGACCUUGUUGGUCUUGAGUCGGUCGGUGCGGCGUCUGCCCCUAGCGGGAGACGCCGAUCUGGCGAGGGCAAAGGGGGCAAGGGCGCGGGUGGAGCUAGCGGGGGUGGUGGAGGUGGCGGGGGAGGCGGCGGAGGGAGUGGGGGUGGCGGUGGGAGUGGUGGCGGGGGUGGAGGUGUCGGUGGCAGCAGUGGAGGCGGAGGCGGCGGAGGCGGUAGCGGUGGGAGCAGAGGCGGCGGUGGUGGCGGAGGUGGAGGAGGCGGUGGUGGAGGAGGUGGAGCUGGUCGGGGUGGCGCUUCGCAGCGGAGCGGCUCCGGUGGUGGUCAGCGCCAGCAGCAGCAGCAGCAGCGUUCUCGGGACAUCCCCGCCCCUCAGCAGCUCCGUGAGUGGUACGCUGCGCGUCUGCAUGGUGGGGGUUUUGGUCCGUGCACCUACGUCCUUCGCACCGGCGACCGCGCGGGUGUAGCUAUCUUUGAUCUUGACUUUGAUGCUAUUCUUGCUGCCAUGUAUGCUGUGACUUAUAGUGACGAGGAUGACUGUUACCGGUGUUUCCCGCCCGAUCCGGGCAUUGAGACUGCUGCUCUAGGUGCUGGUGAGGCUACUGCUCUAGGUGCUAGUGCGGCUGUUGCUCUAGGUGCCAGUGCAUCUGCGUCCUCAGGUACUGGUGAGUCUGCGCUCUCAGGUACCGCGUCGGCUUCGGCCUCCCUCACCUUCACACUUGACUCAGGGGCUUCUCGCUCCUUCUUUCGAGACCGCACCACACUCACGCCGCUUGGUCGGCCGGUUGCAGUCUCCCUGGCAAACCCCUCUGGGGGUCCUGUCCUCUCUCACUUCUCCACUGUCCUCCCGUGUCCGGCUGCCCCCUCUGGCACCUUGUCUGGUCUUUACCUCCCCUCGUUCUCUAUGAACUUGGUGAGUGGUGCUGACCUGCAGGAUGCGGGGGUUCACCAGUUUACUCCUGCGAGUCAGCGGGUGACCCACUGCUCGGACGCUCGCACAGGCCGGCACCUGGCCACGUUUACGCGUCGGCUGGGGUCGAGCCUCUACACCCUGACCACUGAGUCUCCUCCUGUCCCUGCGUCUGGUCAGGUAGCUGCGUCGGGUCAGGUGUUUGCUGCAGCGUCCAGGUCUGGUCCUGAGUCUGCCCCCUGCUCGUGUCGCCUCCUGUCUCACGAGACUCUCUUGUGGCACCACCGUCUUGGUCACCCCUCCCUGCCUCGUCUCCGAGGCAUGGCUUCCCGUGUCCUUGUCUCUGGUCUUCCCCGGUCCCUCCCUCCCCUUCCUUCGGGGCCUGGUCCUUCCUGUGUCCCCUGUGUCGAGGGGCGGCUACGGGCUGCUCCUCACUCCUCUCCGUUUCCCCCGACAGAGGCCCCGCUGAAGACGCUUCACAUGGACGUGUGGGGCCCGGCCCACGUCCCUGGACAGGGUCACGAGCGCUACUUUCUGCUGGUGGUUGACGACUACUCGCGUUACACCACAGUCUUCCCCUUGCGCAGCAAGGGCGAUGUCACUGAGGUGUUGAUCGACUGGAUCCGCGCAGCUCGUCUCCAGCUCAGGAGGAGCUUCGGCUCGGACUUUCCUGUUCUGCGUCUGCACUCUGACAGAGGCGGAGAGUUCUCCUCUGUCCUUCUGCGAGCCUACUGCCGUGCGCGAGGCAUCCGCCAGACCUUUACGCUUCUGGACUCUCCACAGCAAAAUGGGAUUGCUGAGCGCCGCAUUGGCAUGGUCAUGGACGUCGCUUGUACGUCCAUGAUGCAUGCGGCUGCCCCCCAUUUUCUGUGGCCGUUUGCGGUUCGGUACGCGGCGCAUCAGAUCAACCUUCACCCCAGGGACUCCAGGCCGGAGACCUCCCCAGCUUUGCUGUGGACGGGGAAGGUAGGCGAUGCGUCUGCGUUCCGUGUCUGGGGAUUUCGGGCGUUUGUCCGUGACUUGUCUGCGGACAAGCUGUCCCCUCGUGCUGCUCCUUGUGUCUUCCUUGGCUUCCCCCCUGACGCGCCAAGGUGGCAGUUCUACCACCCCACCUCUCGUCGUGUUUUGUCCACUCAGGACGUCACGUUUGACGAGUCGGUCCCCUAA